AUGGAUUUGAUGGUGUCCACAAGCAGUGCACAAGAAGGGUUUUGCUUGAUUCAACAAUUUCAACGAAGUAAUAAGCUUGACGUCUCAGGGCGUACGACUAGUAAUUUCAGGUCUAAAGCCUCUCCUGGGUCACGAAAAAGGAAUCGACUUGCUCUCGUUUUCGCAGCCUCCAAGGUAGAGAGUUCCGGUCUCAACGGCAGAGCUCAAAAGUUCGAAACUUCACCUUCUGGGAUUAGCAAUAGCAACGGAAAUGGCCAUUUCAGCACCGCGAAUUCGUCGUCUUUCGCGUUGGAAGAUGUCGAGAGCAACACCCAAUUGCGGCAGCUGGUCAGAGCCGGAGAAUUGGAGGAAGGGUUUAAGUUUCUGGAGAACAUGGUUUCUCACGGCAACGUCCCCGAUAUCAUCCCCUGCACCACAUUGAUCCGCGGCUUCUGCAGAAUGAGCAAGACGAGGAAAGCCGCAAAGAUCCUGGAGAUUCUCGAAAGCUCUGGCGCUGUUCCUGACGUCAUAACCUACAACGUCAUGAUCAGUGGCUACUGCAAAGCCGGAGAGAUCAACAACGCCUUAUCCGUUCUCGAGAGAAUGAGCGUUUCUCCUGAUGUCGUCACUUACAACACGAUCUUGCGUUCUCUCUGCGACAGCGGGAAGCUAAAGCAGGCCAUGGAAGUUCUUGACAGGCAGCUUAAGAGAGAUUGUUACCCUGAUGUGAUCACUUACACUAUCUUGAUCGAAGCUACUUGCAAAGAGAGCGGUGUUGGUCAGGCGAUGAUGCUUCUUGAUGAGAUGAGGGAUAAAGGAUGUGUGCCUGAUGUUGUGACUUACAAUGUUCUUGUGAAUGGUAUUUGUAAAGAAGGAAGAUUAGAUGAGGCGAUUAAGUUUUUAAACGACAUGCCUUCUUAUGGAUGUGAGCCGAAUGUGAUUACUCAUAACAUAAUCCUGAGGAGUAUGUGUAGUACAGGGAGAUGGAUGGACGCGGAGAAGCUUCUUGCUGAUAUGCUGCGUAAAGGGUUUGCGCCGAGUGUUGUCACUUUCAAUAUCUUGAUUAACUUCUUGUGCAGAAAGGGUUUGCUUGGCAGAGCGAUUGAGAUAUUGGAGAAGAUGCCUAAACAUGGUUGCCAGCCGAAUUCUUUGAGUUACAAUCCGUUGCUUCACGGGUUUUGCAAGGAGAAGAAGAUGGAUAGAGCUGUUGAGUAUCUGGAGAGGAUGGUCUCUCGUGGCUGUUACCCUGACAUUGUGACUUACAACACUAUGUUAACGGCCUUGUGCAAAGAUGGGAAAGUUGAAGAUGCGGUUGAGAUACUUAACCAGCUUAGUAGCAAAGGAUGUUCUCCUGUUCUCAUCACUUACAAUACUGUUAUCGACGGGCUUGCGAAAGCAGGGAAGACAGGGAAAGCGAUAAAGCUGCUGGAUGAGAUGCGUGCAAAGGAUCUAAAGCCUGACACGAUCACUUAUUCUUCUCUUGUUGGAGGUUUGAGCAGGGAAGGGAAAGUAGACGAGGCUAUUAAGUUUUUCCAUGAGUUUGAGCGGAUGGGCGUUAGGCCAAACGCAGUCACCUUCAACUCUAUAAUGCUGGGACUCUGCAAGACUCGGCAGACGGACCGUGCCAUUGAUUUCUUGGUUUAUAUGAUCAGCAGAGGGUGUAAACCGACUGAAACGUCGUACACGAUUCUGAUUGAAGGCAUAGCGUAUGAAGGUAUGGCGAAAGAAGCUCUGGCGCUGCUCAAUGAGCUUUGUAUCAAGGGACUCAUGAAGAAGAGCUCAGCAGAGCAAGUUGCAGGAAAGUGUAGCAGUAAGUAG